CAUCAGUGUCUUCACUCUUCGAUAUUCAGUUAUAUGGUGCACAGUACACGACGCUACGCUGCCAGUUGAAUAUUGAAACUUAUCUUAAGUCACUUAAAAGUAGUAAAUUUGACAGCCGAUACUUUUAGAUUUGACAGAUGAUGUGGCCUAACGACUUGUUCUUAUAAUUUUUUGGAAUUUAAAUUAAUAUUUAUUUCUUAUAAUAUCAUGUCAAGAUGAUUGUGAUAAAGACUAUUAUUUUUUCUAUGUUUAUUAUAGUUUGCUAUAGUAGAUUGCCCGAUAGAGUGUUUUGUGCAAAUGAAGAAUGUAAUGCACCAAUAUCCAAAGCCAAAACUCUUCUUAGUUAUAGCAGUCCAGAUUCUGAUCUCUUAUCAUUCAAAGGAAACUCAGAAGCAAUUAUAUCUAUGAAAUCAGCUGGAAAAAAUUCUGAUUUAUGGUAUGCCACUAUUAAUGGGAAGUCUGGUUUUGUUAAUACUAGAUUUUUAAGGGAGAUUAAAGUUUACACAAAAAAUUUAGUAGAGAUGCCCGUUGAGGUCAAACCCAUAAAAUCUAUAGUAAAACCUGAUAAAGUACAACAACCCCAUGAAGUGUUUGAAGGAACAACCAUAUACUCUCCAGAGCCUACUCUACCAGCUGAUGCAUCUAAAAUACAAGAAAUAUCUCAAAUAAGUGAAAACAUCCCUGAAUCUAUGCACAACAUUAACUUAGAAAGUAUGUUAAAAGAAACUGGUUCUGAAUCCUCCCCAUUAGAGAUGGUUAUUGAUUUAUCUAAUGAUAUGAACAAAGAAAUUACAAGUGAGCAAGAAACACCAAAUGAUUCUUUAGAAAAAGUAGAUGAAAGUAGAGCCUCUGAAAUCCAUUUCAAUAGUAAGCAAGAGCCACUUGAGUCAAUAAUAAAUCUAGAAUCUGAAGAAGUUUCUGAAACUACAGAAAGUGCUAUUAAGUCUCAUGAAACUUUGGAAUCACUUACACACCCUCCUCUACUUGAACAAAAGACUAGUGUCAAAGAUGAACCUCUAAUUGUCACUGAAACAGAACCAAAUAUUAGUGAACAGAAUACAUAUCUUGUAUCUAGUACAGAUAAAAGUAUCAAAGAUAAACCUCUGCUUGUCACUGAAACAGAACCAAAUAUUAGUGAACAGAAUGCAUACCUUGUAUCUAGUACAGAUAAAAGUGUCGAAAAUGAACCUCUGCUUGUCACCGAAACAGAACCAAAUAUUAGUGAACAGAAAGCAUAUUUUGUAUCUAGUACGGAUAAAAGUGUCAAGGAUGAACCUCUGCUUGCCACCAAAACAGAACCAAAUAUUAGUGAACAGAAAGCAUAUCUUGUAUCUAGUACAGAUAAAAGUGUCAAGGAUGAACCUCUGCUUGCCACCAAAACAGAACUCAAUAUUAGUGAACAGAAAGCAUAUCUUGUAUCUAGUACAGAUAAAAGUGUCAAGGAUGAACCUCUGCUUGCCACCAAAACAGAACCAAAUAUUAGUGAACAGAAAGCAGAUCUUGUAUCUAGUACAGAUAAAAGUGAAAUUUUACAAGAAGUAUCUAGUGAGAGCCCGUCCAUUCAAGAAAAUUUGGUAUCUAUUCAUAAUAAUUUAAUUCAACAAAAUGUCUCUAAUACACCAAAAAGUGAUAUUGCAACAGAAAAUAAUGGUACAAGCAGAAUAGAAGAUCACACAAGUAUUCAAAAUGAAAAGGCACAAACCAUAGAGCUUGAUAAUUUUUCAGAAAGCAGUACUAUAUCUCCAAACAGUGAGGCAACAACUAUAUCACCAGAAUUGGGGACAACUGUAGAGCCAACAAUACCAGCCAUAGUAACUGAAUAUACUAAUACUAUGGUGCAUGAGUCUAAACCUCAAGCAAUACCUGCGGCUGAUAUGAACUUACUUCUACAGGAAUUGCAAAAUAUGGAUACAACUACACUUAAAGUACCAUAUGUAGAUGCAACAUCUGAAGCAGCUAUUAAUAAAGAAGAUGCUUUAGCAGAAUCUGUUGCUACAGAUAGAUUACUUGAAAUUCAUACUGUAUCAACAACCACAGAGCAAUCACUAAUAGAAACUCAUUCAAACAGUGAACAAUCAAGCAAAUUAAAUACAGAACCUAAUAGUUCAGAUGAAGUUUUGACAACAACUGUGACAGAAACAUACAUAAGCAGCUCAACAGAAAGUUUAAUUGAAGAAAUAUUUACCUCUACAACAGAAUCACCACCAGUUGAAAGUGAAAAUGAAGGGUUCUUUUCUAAUAUGUAUUCGACUAUCGCAGAUAUCUUACCACUGUCUACGGAGGCCCCUCCUAAGGAAAUAUUUAAUCCUGAUCUAGUUGAGGCCCCAGAUGGUGAAUCAAGCUUUACCUUGACAUCAUAUCUUUUUACUAUGUUAAACUCAGUUAUUGGAAGUAAGGAACAAAGUAAUGCAUUGUAUCCUUCAUCUGGAGACACCUGUUUCUCUGAAGAAUAUUGUGAUGGUGAAACAUAUGGUCAGCGCAAUAGAUUUAUAACAUUCAUUCUGACUACAGCCACAUCUGUGCUUCUUUUCACUUUGGGAUAUUACUACAUUGAUAAUAAACGGCAAGACAGCAAAUUUAUUGGUACUAUAAACAAAUUACAGAGAGAAUUGCUUUUUGCUACCAAGGAGUGUGAGAUCCUUAAAGAGGAGCUUGGCACUACAAAAAACAAAUUAAACUCGAUCGAAGACAGUUCUUUUGGGAAAGACGACAUGGUGCAAUCAUUAAAAGAAGAAAUUGAUGAGAUGAAAGCACAAAACGAUAGACUUCGAAAAUCUUUAGAUGAUAAUGAGAAGUUGUUGAGGGUGUCUGAAAAUACUGCUGGCGAGCUGCAGAAUACUUUGAGUGAAGUAGAGAACACUCUGAGUGAGCUGUGGGGAGAGAGAGCACAAUCCGAGGAGCAAAUUGCUGAAUUGAAUGAGAGAAUACAGGUAUUUGAAGAGGAGCUAAUAUCUGUGACUCGGGAUAGAGACAAUUACCAACUGAAGUUUGCCUCAGCCGAGAGUGCGUUAGAUGACUACAAGAAGCAAAAGAAACUUCUAGAAGAUAUCAAUCAUCAACUCAUUGAAGCAAAUAAUACAAUUGAAUUGCACAAACAUGAAAUUGUUGCUUUGAAGGAUGCAUUGAAACAAGUAAAGGGCGGCGCUCAGUCUAACAUUGACGUGGCAUCUCUGAUAGAUCACACCGAAAUCAAAGCAAAAUUGUCUAAAGCACUUGAAGAAAGGGAGAGAUACAAAACUCAAUUUGAGGUGGAAGAGAAGGAAAGACGUUGUCUUGCAGAUGAAUUGAAGACCACACAAGAUUCACUGAAGACAACAAGCCAGCAGGCCACCGAAGCUCUUACAAGACUGGAUGUGCUCGGGAAGUACUUCCAAGAACGAGAGACUGAGUUGAUGAAGGAAUUAAGCACAAAGGAAUCUUUAUGGUUAAGCAAACAAGGCGAGUCGGCCAGCACUGUGGAGAAAAUUGAGUUGCUGCAACAAGAAGUUCAUAGAUUUAAGGAGAAAUGCGACACAUUAACCCUGGAAUUAGCCGAACAAGAGUCAGCUCGUCGCACCGCUAUCAGCGAGAUGGAGACUCGGGCCCACUCCGCCUGGCUCGAGGCUCGUCAGGCCAAGAGGGAGGCGGAUGCUGCCAAAGAUGAAGCGGCGGCCCUGAGAAGGAAGCUGGCCGCCAUGCAUCAGGCUGACGGUGCUGCCUCUCCCAAUAGAGGGGUAGCAUCUCCUCUGGAAGCGGUGGAUGGUCUACCUCCAGCUCUGCCGCUGGCCUUCCUGCCGCCCCCUUUGCUGCCGCCAUUGCCACGUCCGCCGCCGCUGGGACGACUGCCUUCACCCCACGGCCCAAGAUACAGCGAAAGGCGGUACUCGCCCGAUAGGCGGUACUCACCAGAGAGCCGGUACUCACCCGAAAGCAGAUACUCACCUGAAACUGUCCGGUAUUCACCAUCGAGACGAUAUUCGCCCAGGUCUCGCCGGUCUCCAUACUCACCCCGGUCGAGGCGGCGAUCGGUUGAGAGAUACGAAAGUGGGCGUGGCUCCAGAGGUCGCAAUGGUCCAGCGGACACCGAGACGGAAUACAACUCGGACAGUCCCACUAGAAGACCUAGGCGGCGAUACACUUCGCGCUCAGGUGCUAGUUCAGUUUCGGGUUGUUCCUCGGAGUCAGAAAAGUGAAUAUUUAUCGAAGCCAAAUUAAUUUAUUGGUAAGGGUUUUUGCAGCUCGAUGGCAACAACGAUUGUAUGGUAUCUCCACUAGUGUACACGAUGUAGUUUUAAAUUUAUGACCAGCACUAAACUUCAUGGCUUUUAUUUCGUUAAAGAUACGGUACAGCAGGCUUACCUCGCAACCUUAAUAGUGAUAAAUUCAGCGUCAUCAGCUGGAUUCUGAAUGAGAUAAACAAUCACUUUCGACGGUACUUUUAAAGAGUAACCACAUCAUUUAAUAUUACUUGGUUUCGGGUGAGAAAUGGGGUGCAUCCAUAUAAUAUCAUAAGUGGGUGAGUCUAUUGAAAACACAUAUGCAGUUAGUAGGUACGUGAUGACAACUGCAUAUAAUUUUGUCCAGUCAAUAGUAUGCCAGACACUAUUUUAUUACUUAUACAAACUCAUGUACCAGUGAAUUCAAACAUCUUCGGUAGAUACAAGAUAUAUUUAAGAUCUUUAUUCGUCACUAGAUGGCGCUUUUAACAAAUAUCUUUUCACCAUCUCGAUAAAGGCCUUGCAGUUUACUGCCUAUAAUUAUAACAUUUUAUAAACGCGAGACGAAACCAUACGUGCCUCACCAAUUCAUAAAACCUUGAAGUUAUUCUUUUGCUAAUGUACAUAGAAUUUAUUUAUGAUCCUAAUUUGUCGACGAAGUUGGAUAUGUCCAAGUAACAAUGUAUUUUUGUUUGUUAUCAGAAAUUACGUUUCGGGGCAUAAGUUAUCAGCACACUGUAUAAUGGAAUUUUAAAUACACACAUGCCAGCCAACUUUGUUUAUUAAAUUUGUCUGGUAAGAAUUUAAAUCAAAUAUUAGUUUUUUUUUUCGUUGACGUAUAUUUUAUGGUCCCUUUGGUUGUAACAAGUAACAUUGUCUCGUACUUGAGGCGGCGAUAGAGGACGCUUUACACUUAUGUACCUAUUUCACUAGUCCUUGCAAGACUUACAUAAAACCUUUUAUUUAUCUUAUAAUUCCACCGUUAAUAUUAUUUGCAUAAUUUGCGGAACUUCUUAUCUUUCCGAGUCACAUUUACAGCAAUUUUCCAACAAAUUUGUUGAGAAGAAAUGUGCCGAUCACUUUACAUUAUAUUUUAUAAUAAUGUUAUAGUCUUGUUUCUAACUACGUACGCUUAUUUAUGAGCGAAUACGUCUCCAAACGCAAAAUUCCCCUUCCAAGUGCGUAGGCAUUUUAGUACUUACGAACCUUCCUCUGUCAUUGACAUGCCCUUUAAUUUAUUUUUAAAUUGUUUUAUUAGGAAAUAAUGUACAUUGUAUUAGUAAUUAAAUAAAUUUUUAUUAUCAAAAACUU